CCGCCCCCUCCCCCGCAGGCAGGACACUCCCCCGUGGUCUCCUCCCCCAGUUUCCGCGGUCCUCGGCCAGAGCGGGAGGCUGCAGCUGCGGCUCCGGCGGGAGAGAGACAGCGAGGAAGCUAGGGAGCGAGCUGGGGCGAAGGAAGGAGCCCGCCAGCUCGGGGAGGCAGGAAGACCCCCUGACCUGGGCCGCCCCGCCCACACCCUCGGGCCAGGAGAAGGCUCCAGCCGAGGACGCGUCCUCCGCCUCCCCGGGACGCCUAGGGUGUCCAGGGCAGCUACCUGUGCGCGUGGAGUGCCCCAGCCUGCCUCCCCGCUCCCCUGGCCAUCCUCCCCGGGGGCACUAGGGAACGGCUCCGCGGAGUUUGAGGCCGUGGGAUCCUCGGAAGAAGAGCCGGAGCCGGAGCCGCAGCUGCAGCCGCAGUCCUGUCCUGGGAAGCCCGAGGCAGGAUGAGGAGCUGAAGUCGCCCGGCCAGGAGAGGGAAAGGAAGGGAAGGGAAGGGAAGGAAGAGUCGGAGCGGGAGGGGCGCGCUGCCCGGAGUGGGGGAGAAGAUGCUUGCCUACGCUGUGCAGGAUGCCACAGUGGUGGAUGUGGAGAAGAGGAGAAACCCUUCCAAGCAUUAUGUCUACAUUAUCAAUGUGACUUGGUCUGAUUCCACCUCCCAGACUAUUUACCGGCGAUAUAGCAAGUUCUUUGACCUACAGAUGCAACUUCUGGAUAAGUUCCCCAUCGAAGGUGGCCAGAAGGAUCCCAAGCAAAGAAUCAUCCCCUUCCUCCCAGGUAAGAUCCUGUUCCGGAGGAGUCACAUUCGAGAUGUUGCUGUGAAGAGACUGAAGCCUAUUGAUGAAUAUUGCAGGGCACUUGUCCGCCUGCCCCCUCACAUCUCCCAGUGUGAUGAAGUCUUUCGGUUCUUUGAGGCCCGGCCAGAGGAUGUCAAUCCCCCCAAAGAGGACUAUGGAAGUUCAAAGAGGAAAUCAGUAUGGAUGUCCAGCUGGGCUGAGUCUCCCAAGAGGGAUCUCACAGGUGCCGACGUGAACUCGGAGCCCAUGAUCCUGGAGCAGUAUGUGGUAGUGUCCAACUAUAAGAAGCAAGAGAACGCCGAACUCAGCCUGCAGGCUGGCGAGGUGGUAGAUGUCAUCGAGAAAAAUGAGAGCGGUUGGUGGUUUGUGAGCACAUCUGAAGAGCAAGGUUGGGUCCCAGCCACAUACCUAGAAUCCCAGAAUGGUACUCGGGAUGACUCAGAGAUCAACACCUCCAAAGCUGGGGAAGAAGAGAAGUACAUCACGGUGCAGCCGUACACCAGCCAGAGCAAAGAUGAGAUUGGGUUUGAGAAGGGGGUCACUGUGGAGGUGAUCCAGAAGAACCUAGAAGGAUGGUGGUACAUCAGGUAUCUGGGAAAAGAAGGCUGGGCACCAGCAUCCUAUCUGAAAAAAGCCAAAGAUGACCUCCCCACUCGGAAGAAGAACCUGACAGGCCCUGUUGAGAUCAUCGGCAACAUCAUGGAGAUCAGCAACCUGUUGAACAAGAAGGCAUCCGUUGACAAGGAGGCACCUGCGGACAGUGAGGGCCCCGAGGCCCCCGUCACCAAGAAGGAGAUCAGCCUGCCUAUCCUCUGCAGCACUGCCAAUGGUAACACAGUGGGCACUCCCGAGAAGCCGGGCUCAAAGCUGGCACAGGGAUCACCAGCCGUGGCCAGGAUCGCACCUCAGAGGGCACAGAUCAGUUCUCCAAAUCUAAGGACAAGGCCCCCACCACGAAGAGAAUCCAGUCUGGGCUUCCAGCUGCCAAAGCCACCAGAGCCCCCUUCUGUAGAGGUGGAGUACUACACCAUCGCCGAGUUCCAGUCUUGCAUUUCGGAUGGCAUCAGUUUCCGGGGUGGACAGAAGGCAGAGGUCAUUGAUAAAAACUCAGGUGGCUGGUGGUAUGUGCAAAUUGGAGAGAAGGAAGGCUGGGCCCCCGCAUCAUACAUUGACAAGAGAAAAAAGCCGAAUCUCAACCGGCGUACCAGUACUCUGACCCGGCCCAAGGUUCCUCCCCCUGCCCCUCCCAGCAAACCCAAGGAGGCUGAGGAGGGAUCAUCCACUACCAUAGAAGGUCAGGACUCCCCACUGAAGCCGAAAUACGAGGAGCCAGAGUAUGAUAUUCCCGCCUUUGGCUUUGACUCUGAGCCAGAGCUGGGAGAGGCUCCUGGAGAAGAUAGCUCUGGGGAGAAACGUUCCUACCAACCCCGGCGAUCUUCUCCAGCAUCUUCCCUGCAGAGGGCCAAGUUUAAGGUGGGAGAAUCAUCUGAGGAUGUGGCCCUGGAGGAGGAGACCAUCUAUGAGAACGAGGGAUUCCAACCAUAUGUGGAGGAGGCCAAGGAAUCCAGUGGUGAGAAUGACUCCCCUAGGGGUUCCAUGCUUUCACUCAACAGGAGAAGCUCACCCAAAUCCAAUUCCCCCAAAUCAUCCUUUAUAAAAUUUAAGGCAGAAAAAAAUACUCAGCCAGAGCUGGGGAAAAACCACUCCACUGCCUCUUUCUCUUCUUCAGUGACCAUCAAUACUACCUGCUCCUCCUCUUCGUCUUCUUCCUCUUCCUCCUUAUCCAAGAAUGGAGACAUGAAACCCAGGUCAGCCUCAGACGCUGGGUUACGGAACCCUCCCAAGGGUAGUGUGAAAGAGAUUGCUGAUCUGAAAGCCGGACAGACCUUGUGCUCCAGAGCUAAGCCAUCAGUCCGACCCAAACCCUUCCUAAGUAAAGGGGAUUCCCAGAGCCAAGAGAAAAUGGACAUCAGCAGCCUCCGGCGUCAACUGAGGCCCACAGGACAGCUCCGUGGUGGUCUCAAGGGUUCAAAGAGUGAAGACUCUGAAACACUUCCACAGACAGCAUCCCAGGGACCUGAAGAGGGGUCUAGGAGAGGUUCAGCUGACUUCAUCACUCCUCCUACCCAUGCUCACCUUUCCCCCAACAACUGGACCAAGAAAGAUCAAGAAAAGGAGGUUCAGGGCCCCUCCUAUAUAACUUCCGAUGCCUACCAGAAGGUCCAAGACUCAGAGAUCAGCUUCCCUGCUGGUGUGGAGGUGGAAGUCUUAGAAAAGCAGGAGAGUGGUUGGUGGUAUGUAAGGUUUGGAGAACUAGAGGGCUGGGCCCCUUCCCACUAUCUAGUCCUUGGAGAAAAUGAACAGUUGGAAUCUUCCACAAAGGAUUUGGAUUUUACUUCUACUAAGAGUAAGAGGAAUGAAGGUAAAUCAGAUAGCCUGGAAAAGAUUGAGAAGAGGGUUCAGGCGCUGAACACUGUUAACCAAAGUAAGAGAGUCACACCACCCAUCCCAUCCAAGCCACCUGGAGGCUUCUCCAAGACCUCCGGACUAAGCAAUGGGCCAGUCAAGAUGAGGAAUGGUGUGAGGCAGGUAACCGUAAGACCGCAAUCAGUGUUCGUGUCCCCACCCCCCAAGGAGAACAACCUCUCCUGUGCCCUACGGAGGAAUGAGUCCCUCACUGCCACAGAUGGCCUCCGCUCUGUCCGACGGAAUUCGUCUUUCAGCGCUGCUCGUACAGCAGCUGGGGAUACCAAGGGUAGGUUGGUAGAGAGGGCAGGAAGUGAGGGCUCUGACUCAUCGCUGCUGUCCACCCAACGAAAUGGGAUCCCUGUGUCCACUGUCCGGCCAAAACCGAUUGAGAAGUCUCAGUUCAUACACAAUAACCUCAAAGAUGUGUAUGUCUCCAUCGCAGACUAUGAGGGGGAUGAAGAGACUGCAGGAUUCCAGGAGGGGGUGUCCAUGGAGGUGCUGGAAAGGAAUCCAAAUGGGUGGUGGUACUGUCAGAUCCUAGACAGUAUGAAGCCCUUCAAAGGAUGGGUGCCUUCCAACUAUCUAGAAAAAAAGAACUAGCCAUAUUCAGGGAACUUCUCUGGGCUGUAAUUUUGCUUGCUUCAACUGUCUCCUGGUAAGAGAACCAAGAUGAAACCAAAAAACAAAAAAAAAAAAAGGAAGAAAUAAUUUUAAAACGGGGAAACAAAACUAAGAGUGAUGGGUGACCAGAAAGCUGUUCUUCAAAUUUGUGCACCAUGGCUAAAUGGAAGAGUAUUUGCAGACCCAAAUGGAGGGUAAAUGGUUCAUAAUACUUAGAAAGGAGGUGAGGAAGAGAGUGGGAAAAUCAGGGGUAGAGGUAAAGGUGAUUGAUAUCCAAAGGCCAAUUUGUAUUGGGGUGGGGAAAGGAGAAAAGAAAAGAAAAAUUUGGACUUGUAUGAUGUCACUGAUGGGCUAUGUGUGAUUGGAGCCCCCUUGGUGGAAGCAAGGCUUUGAAGAAAAACAUGACUGGCCUUUGGUCAAUAACUUUGAUAGGGUGGAGGGGAACUCCAUGCUGGCCUCUCCCAGCAUGACACCCAGUCCUCCCUCAUACUCUGGCUGUAGCUACCACCUGAUUAUGGAACACCACUGGCAUCUCACUACCAAAAGCACUCCUGGUAAAAGGUGAUUUUAUUUUGGGGGUAUGGAUUAUAUCUCUUCAUCUCUCACAAAAGAGCUUUCAAGGAUGAAUUUAACCUUCCAGGCAGCUUUGUUUAAGGGAAAGGGAAAAAAAAAAAGAUUAUAGGCCAGGGCAGGGUAGAGUCCAGAGGCUUUGAAGAUUGGAGAAAUUUUGCAUCUAAGCCCAGUACAGAACAGAAACUCCCAGUAUCUGUCUGUUGUCCUUGGCCAACUCUGGAGUUGGGGUUUCUAGACUUCUUGCUUCCUUUGGCAAACCCAAGGAAGAGGUUUACAGUGUAUUCUGUUUAAGGGAAAGUGUUCCUUUGGGUCCUGCAUAGUGGUGCUAGGCCCUCUCUUUUUGCAAUCAUUGCCUCUUCUCCCCAGCCCUCAUCCUACCAGGUGGUGGGCUUUCUGCUGAUGAAGGCCAGAUCAUUGCAGCAUUAGUGUUU